AUGUUGAACAAUCCUGAAGGGAGAGAAAAUUCACUUGAAUGCACGGCUAUGGACGUGCUGAGUAGUGUUCUAGGUGUCAAUGAGAACGUAUUGGAUCCAGGUGAAAACCCUGGCGAGGUUGACCACUUGCAAGUUUAUCUAGAGGAUAGCAGGGAUCCAAAGCUACAGAUCAACAAUAAUCUUUGGCAUGAGUUGGAAAAGUUACAGGAGAAGCAGAAACACAUCCAAUUGACAAUAAAGACUACUGUACCACCUUUGCGUGAAUAUAUGGAACGCUUCAAUUCACAAUUGUCAGAAUUCACCAGUGAUUUAGGAUACAUAAGAAAUAAGUCUACUGAAUUGAAAAACAUGUUAGAGUAUAAUUCCACUAGAUUGGCUAAAGUCAGUCCGUUGGUAAACGAUUUAAUGAUACCGCCAAGUGUAAUCCAUAGUAUUUUACGUGACAAGAUUAAUGCAGCCUGGCAAGAGAAUAUCGCCUUCAUGAGGGAUAAACAGGAAAUAUACGACAAGUACAAAAACUCAGAUGCUACUAAACCUAAGGAUUUCGAACUAUUGUAUGAAGUGCUGUCCUACCUCAAGACCGUAAUCUUGGACAGAUCGAGGAAAUUUAUCACACGUUGUAUUAAGAAAUUGAGAAGUCAUCAACCAACAGCUUCGCAACGCAUUCAAGAUACGCUUUUACAAGUAAGAGACAUCUUUCAAUAUAUUGUGGAGAAUAAUUAUUCGCUAGCAUUAGAAUUGAGACAAGCUUAUGCAUAUACCCUGAGGUGGUACUACAAAGAGUAUUUUGGUCGUUACGUGAGAUCCCUUACGAUUUUACCACUUAAAAAUAUUGAUUCACAGUAUUCAUUGAGCAAUAGCAUUUCCAAUGUACAUGCAAGCAAAUCUGGAACCUCUAUGUUCUCCAACUAUCUGUCGUAUGGUUAUGGUAAGAAUGCUGGUCCCGUUACAGCAGAAUCUAUUCAGGAUUACUUCCAAAUCUCUAAGCGGUUGUCAAUUUUAACGCAAGAAGACAACACCGUAAUGGUUUCUCAAAUUGCAGAAAAUAAUACCAUGUCGCACUACAUUGAAAUAGGAUUUAAAAAUUUGAAUCUGGCAGUGUUGGAUAACUGUAGUGUGGAAUUAGAGUUUUUAAGGAAUUUCUUCAGAAUCAACAAUGAUGAAGACGAAUUUAGAGGUAUGUUGGAGCAAAUCUUUCAGCCAACGUUUGCCAAAACUGUUGAGUAUACCAAGCAACUAAUUCAGUACACUUUUGACAUUUUUGGUGUUCUCAUGUGCAUCCGUAUAGCUCAACAGUUACAAUUCGAGUCUAAGAAACGCCAGCUUGUUGUCAUGGAGGAAAAUUUGAACAACCAUUUGAUGUUACUAUGGCCCAAAUUCCAACAAUUGGUAGAUUUCCAAUGCGAUAGUCUUCAUAAAGUACCCAUUACAGCCGCUGUCGCCCGACCACUGAACAACUCUUCCCAUCGUAAUCCAUUGACGACACCCUUAGAGUUGACCAUUCAAUUCUCCAAAUUUCUAACAAGUCUCUUGACUCUGGCAUGUACUCAUAGGGCCCCCAUAGAUGAAAGAUCAGAACCUCUUUACAACUCUAUAUUCAGGAUCAGGAACGAUUUCGAAACUGUCAUGACUAAAUGUAGCAAAAAGACCAGUUCACCGGAGCGAAUGCUGGCUAUAAAUUAUAUGUUCCUGUACAAUACUCUGGAGCAUCAAAACCUGAAUUUACAAGGCCAAGCAGACCAGGAGUUGCCAGCAGUGGUCAAAGAGACCGAGGAUCACUUCAAGGCAUUGGUAGAAGCAUUAAGCAAAGUCACAUGA